AUGUCUCGGAGGUUGGGAGGACAUCAUACCCUGCCCGACAAUCCCACUUUCCUGGACUUCCCGAGGACCGAUGGAGACGAAAACCUGUGGCCUCAGAACACUGAGCGUGUGGUAGACCAUGAAGGAUGUGUGAACUUCAUGCGCCCUAUGUCUAUCGAUGAGAGUGGCACCCUUGGCUGGCGGUUGACAGUCGGUGCCAAGUUGGCGCAGCAGAUGGGCCUUGAAGAGGGCCCGACAUAUAUCCUUAGGAAGUUUCCCGACGGAUAUCAUAUGUACGAUCACAACAAAGGGUCAGCCAGCAACCCGAGGCAUGAUCCUUAUCUCGUAGGUUCCACCAACGUCAAUCGAUUCCGCUCGACGAAUGAGUUCGUUCCUCAUGCUCUCUGGCUGAUGCGAGACGAAACUAUGAACCGUGCCAACUGCGAAUGCAAGUACUGCGCUAAGAAACCGCAGCGCGUGGUCACCGACGCCUUCGGUCUAUCGGCGAGCAAGCGCUCGACUCCUUCGCAAGCUACCCCGAAUAAGGUCCAGUCCGUGAAGCGACUUCGUGAGCCACGCGUUCGCCAGCAUGCCAAACCAUAUGCUGCUGUGCGACGUGCACCGAAGCCAUCGAAGCUCCCCCAAGGCCCUCAGCAAUCGAUGGUGCCGGAGAAAGACAGCGAUAUCAGGGGUGCGGCCGCGAACAAGGAAUACGCGACGAGCCGAUGGUUCAGGAAGGGGGAGCUAGUAUGGUGCGCGAUGGACCCGCCAAUUCGUGGAGAGGCAGAGAGCAUCUCUUUUUGGCCUGGUUUGGUCGAAGACGUCAACGUGAAAACGAAGGCCAUUCCGCGGUCGCCAGAACCUGAUGUUGACAAGGACAAUGAUGUCGAUAUGGCGCAGGAACAAGCGGGUGGUGCCGCGGUUGGCUUAUCGGCUGCUCCAAGAGAAACUUCUCAACAGCAAGACUCCGCGGAAUCUGUCACUACUGAAGAUACGAAAGUACGAUGGGAUGUUCGCCAGUGGAAUGUCUACACAAUCAAGCUACUUGCUGUGACGCACAACUACUACGUAUCUGACGAGCAGGUCUUGCCGUACCUCGCCUACGCUCCUACAGAAGAAUUGGUGGUUGAAGUACAGGAAGAAUUACUGAUGGUGAUACAGGACAUGCCCGCCGCGGAGAUGGAGAGCAAUCUGCAGCGCUCAUUCACUUUCGACCCUUGUUCUCUAGAACAUGUGGGAUCUCCGGAGGGCGAGCGCUUGCGGUUCCGCCAGGCCGUCACUCCAUACGCUCUGGCUGUUCAGAUUGCUUCCAAAGUUGUACGGUCUUGGGAGCCUACUGAUGAGUGGGACUGCAAAUUUUUGAUUCCAUCUCUUCAUCCUCCUCCAGCAUCGACAUCUGCACCUGCAGAGCCAGGAUCAGCGUCAACGUUACAUUCGCUCAUCACUCAGUCGAUGGCCAACAACGCUACUCGGGACCUCAAUGCGCGGCCCAGCGCUCAGGUCGGGCUGCCGCCAGAAGCGUAUGGUCCGGAGGGUGUGUCCGCUGAGGAGUUCCGGGCUAUCAGCACACGGCUUUUGGGGAACCAAUCGGUCUCCGCCCCCGUGCCGCAGGUGGUCAACCAGUUGCGAUUUCAAGGCCUCUGGUGGGGUGCCGAGCGCAUUUGGACGGAUGAGCUCGUGCGGCUCAAGCUCGCCCGUUGCCAGUUUGCACCGCGUGGCACGGAUUUCAUCUAUCCUCCGUCGGGGCCAUCGGCGUCCACGCUGGAACAUAUCGCGUCGAUUGGGCAUGCUGAUGAUACCGAUCCCCGAGUGCUGGGCGCAAGCGAAAAGGGGCUCUUCAUGAGACUCGAAGGCUUGUUCGCUGUGGAUGUUCCGAAGACGGAGGGGGGUUUUGGCCGGGAAUGCAGAGCUAGCGGGACCAUAUACGAACUUGCUGAUGUUGGUUGGGAAGAUGGGUCUGAGGUGGCUGCCCCGGCAGCUGAAGGGAAUGGGAAGGGGAAAGAGCGUGCAACCGAUGUUGGCGGUGCGCAGUCGAUUUCUACGAAUCAAUCUCUUGAUCAGUCUGGUAUUAUCGGCGCGCAGGACGUCCCAGGCGCAUCUCAAGGUCUCGCUGGGUCGUCCUUCAUGCCUGGUCCCUCCCCUCUGAAGCCUCCGCCGCUGCCCAACCCGGACCCGUCUGUCUCGAUUGCGCAGACCGCCUCGGCUACGAUUACGCAGACAGUGCCCGCCGGCAAGUCCAAGAAGCGUACCCUAAACGGACAGCUCUCUCACCCUGUUCUUACCACGCCUUAUCCGCUCCCACCUCCACCCAACGGAUCCGUAUUCCGGCCAAUUCUCCCCCCAGGGCACGAAGUCGUUCUGUCGAUGUCUCUCAUCAGUGGUCGCUACUAUCCGGGCUUGUUCUUCCAUCCCCUGAUGGUGCCUGCGGUCGACAAGGCGCUUAGUCUUCCACCGGAGGAAGGCGGGCUCUACGAGAACAGGCAACUGUGGGCGAUGGAGGGCCUGCUUCCGGGCGUGUACCAAUCAAUGGAUCCAACCGUUUGGAAACAGUCUAGACUGAUUAUGCUGAAGGAUGCCGAUGCUGAGGCGAGGCAGCAGCUGAAGAGGAUUUGGGAGGAGCAUCAGCGGGAGAAGGCGUUGCUGCAGGCUCAGAAUUCUGCGCCUGAGGCGUCGGGGAGCCACUUAAUGGACGGCGAUGUUAAGAUGAACUAA